AUGGAUCUUUUCCUCAUUUCUCUUGUAUCCUUGGUCUCUUUCAUUUUGAUUUUCAAGCUUCAUAAACACAAAAAAGGGAGAAAUGUAGCACCAACUCCACCUUCUCUCCCAAUAAUCGGUCAUCUCCAUCUGAUUAGAGAACCUCUUCAUAGAGUUCUUCACCAGCUUUCUUGCAAGUAUGGUCCUAUUAUGGCUCUUCGCUUUGGCUCUCGCCCAGUUCUUGUAAUAACCUCUCCGUCAGCAGUUGAAGAGUGCUUCACCAGAAACGAUAUGGUCUUAGCCAACAGGCCACUUCUUUUAAGCGGCAAGUAUCUUAACUAUGACCACACUUCUCUGGGUUCUGUACCUUAUGGACGUCUCUGGAGAGACCAUCGUCGCAUUGUUACACUUGAACUCUUCUCGACAACUCGACUCAGGGAAUACAUGGGAGUCCGACAAGAUGAAGUGAGAUCAUUAAUCAAGUCUCUUUCUCAAGAUGCAAUGCAAGAACAUUUCACAAGAGUAGAAAUGAAGUCCAGGGUUCAGGGUUUGUCAUUUAACGUAAUCACAAGGAUGAUUGCCGACAAACGGUUCUAUGGAACGGGUGUCGAUGGCUUCGAGGAGGCUAUCAAGUUUAAAGAUGUGAUAAGGGAAGUAUUCGACAUCAGUGGAGCCUCAAAUCUUGGACACUGCAUCCCAUUUUUGCAGUGGAUUGAUUUUCAGGGAUUGGAGAAGAGGUUUCAAAGAUUGCAAACUAAAUCCGAUAGCUUUUCACAAAGUCUGUUAGAAGAAUGUAGGAGUGAACGUCGCAGUUCUUCAGGCCAUGAAAAGGCCAAGACAUUUAUAAACGCCAUGCUUUCGUUGCAGGAAUCAGAUCCAGAAUACUACACAGAUGAUAUAAUCAAAGGCCAUAUAUUGACACUGCUACUUGCGGGAACCGACACUACAUCGGUGACAAUAGAGUGGGCGAUGUCACUUCUUCUGAAUCAUCCCGCUGUGCUAGAGAGAGCUAGAGCCGAGGUCGAUGAACAUAUUGGACACCAACGUUUGGUAGAGGAGACUGAUAUUCCCAAGCUGCCAUACAUCCAAUGCGUCGUCCAUGAAACACUAAGACUAUUCCCACCGGGACCGCUAUUGCUGCCUCACGAACCAUCUGAAGAUUGUACAGUUGGAGGGUUUGACGUCUCAUGUGGCACAAUGGUGUUGGUGAAUGCAUGGGCCAUCCAUCGGGAUCCACUGUUUUGGGACGAUCCAUUAAGUUUCAAGCCAGAGAGGUUUGAGAAAAUGGGAAACACGGGGGCUUGGUUUAUACCGUUUGGGAUGGGUCGUCGGCAGUGUCCUGGGGCCGGGCUCGCGAACCGAGUUGUGACAUUGGCGUUGGCAUCGUUGAUCCAAUGCUUCGAAUGGGAAAGGGUUGGUGAAGAGCUGGUGGAUUUGUUGGAAGGCAAAGGUCUGUCCAUGCCCAAAGGCAUACCUUUAGAGGCCAUGUGCAGAGCCCGCCAAAGAAUGAGUCAUGUUCUGAAGGAGUUAUGAUAUGUGUCAUCACCAUCAAAAAUAAGAAGCAUCGAUCUUAUUUUAGUUAUCUUUUCAAAACUAUUUAUCAGUUGUGUGCUUAUAUCUGCACAAACGGUUAUGUUUUU